CCGUCCCGAGCCCUCACGUCCCUUGGAAUGAAUGAAACCCUAGGCCCCGUCUCUUUCUAGGGUUGAAAAAAUCACCGUCGAGAACCUCGAUCAAUCGGGCGAUUCCUGCGGAGGGAAGGUGGGAUUGGACUGCGGAACCGGUUUGUCCGUCGAUUGCGGAUCCUAUCGAUGGGGGAUUUGGCUUGCGUCGUCGUUCCCGGUCCAGGUUUGAUUUGGGAGAAUUUUGGGAUCAUGCGCUUGGUGUUAUGCGUCCGGAUCCGAAAUUAGGGAUUCAGUUUCCUCGUCAUGUAUGAUGGGUGGUAAAAUUUGGGGGUUUUCUUUCUUUCAUUGGGAUUCAGGAAUUGUAGAUGGAAAUUAGCCUCGAGAGAGCUGAAGCAUCCGACAUACCUAAGAAGCCGAGAUCUUUGGAUCUCCAGAGCAUUUACGUGAAGAAAUCAAGUAGUUCAGUUAUAAAAUCCUGGGCUGGGAGAGAGGUUUCGAGGUUGGAACAAGAAUCCAAAGUUCCCAAGAAGAAGCUUGGGUCAUCAUUCGAUGAGGUAGGAGAGAUUCUUUCAGAAUCCACAAGGAAACCAAGUAGAAAAGAGGUUUCUUUGAGCAAUCUCCAGCCUGAUUCUAGGAGGCAGCGCGGCAGUUUGAAUGUCUCAAGGCCAAAGCGAAACUACAUUUCCACCAGUGGAAGCGAUGCCACACAUGAUCUGGAUGGGUCAAAUGGGAAUGCACAAUAUUUAGCAAGCGAUCUUUAUUCGCCACUGCCAAACAAGACAGAUCAUGAAUCUCCGAGUGGUGUAACCUCUAAAAUCAAGAGCUAUUUCGGAGAAGAUCUCUUUAUACCGAAGCGGCCUAGGGGUAUUUCUAAGUGGAGAAAAGCUAAAGAUCCUAUCAGCUUCGAAGUAGCUUUUAGUAAUUCUAGUUAUGAGAGGAUUAAUACUGAUGCUCAGAAUAACAAAUCUUCCAUCGGUGAAAAUUCGAAUUCACAGGUGUUAAAUGACAAGCAGAUGUUGGAAGCUGAUGAUUUUGAGCUGAAUGGGUAUCAGAAAGAUGAUUCUGCUCCUUGCACCAGUGUUGAAAAUGACAGUCAUUUUAAGUCUGAUUAUAGAAAUUACGGAAGCAGAAUAAACUUGAAGAUGUCUGAACAGGGUUGUCUCGAGAGCGAUGCACCUCUGAUAGAUGACAGUGGGGAUUCAGUUGAGGUUUCUCAGGAUGAUGACGAGGGAAACCUUGAAGUGGAUGCUGCUAGAAUGCUUUCUUCACGAUUCGAUCCAAGUUGCACUGGUUUCUCCGGGAAAAGGACUACAUGUAUGGCAGAACCAGUAGAAGGUUUAACAUAUUUGCAGUCCGACCAUGCAAUGUCGAAGGUCUCACAGGCUGAAGCUUGUUCAGUAGAUGCUACAGGCCGGGUGCUGCGGCCAAGGAGACACAUUGGUAAAAGCUUUGCUAGGAAGCGUCGCCACUUUUAUGAGGUCUGCUCGAGGGAUAUGGAUCCCUAUUAUAUCGUUAAGCAGCGGAUCAGAGUGUUCUGGCCUUUGGAUAAAAAUUGGUAUUUUGGCCUGGUUAAGGGUUAUGAUCCUGUAACUAGGUUGCAUCAUGUUAAGUAUGAUGAUCGUGAUGAAGAAUGGAUUAAUCUCCAAAAGGAGAGAUUCAAGUUAUUGCUUUUCCCCAGUGAAGUUUCUAGCAAGUUUAAUUUUGGGAAACAGGGGUCGGAAUCAAGACAGAAUAACACAGAGGGAGAGCCAGAAGCCAUGGAGAGCAGUUACAUAGGCAGCCUCCUGGAAUCAGAACCCAUUAUUUCAUGGUUGUCACGAACUACUCGCCGCGUUACAUCCUCCCCUUCUAGUACCAUAAAGAAGCAUCUCAGAGUUAGUCCUCUGAAGGACAUCAGUCCUGUGUUACUAGAAUCAAAGGAAAGUAUGUCUAUGAAUCCAUUGGAUAAGAAUCCAAAUAAAUUAUUUUUUAAUUGCAAUGAGUCGGAGCAGUCAUGUGAUCAGAACUUUAACAGAUUUUCUGAGCUGAAGAGGAGUGUUGACUCUGAAUGCAGGAAGUUACCUUAUGUUUAUUUCAGGAAACGGUUUCGCAGUAAAAGGGACGUUUUGGACACUAGAGUGGUGCAGGGUGCUGCUCCUGGUGGUCCAGGUGGUUCAGUGAGAAUUCAUGCCUCAGUUGCUAACAGCAAAGCAGCUGCAGAGGAACUCAAUAUGAUUGUGACAUGGAAAGAAUUUAAAGUAGUGAUAUUUAAACUGAACCUACCGCCUCAGUGUACUCUGGAACUCACUUUUCAAAGAGAAAGUCUUUGGCUCUGCCAAGCCCUUUAUAUUAUGCAUCAUGGUGAACUAGUUCAUGCAUGGCCGGUUGUUCGCAUGGAAAUAUUUUUUAUUGACACUGUUCCUGGAUUAAGGUUUCUUUUGUUUGAGGGUUCUUUAAAGCGUGCAGUGUCUCUUUUAUGUUUGAUCAUCACAACAGUCAGUGGACAUGUUGUGAAGAGUGACUUUGCCGAGCCAGAAAGUCCUUGCUCAUCAAUUGGACUUAGGAUUUCAAGCUUACACAAUUUAGGUAGGAAACUUCUUUUUGUUUUGAGUACCCUUUCCAAGAUAGAGAGUUCAAAAUGGAGAUAUCUUGAAGAUAAACUGAAAAAGCUUUUCGCAAAGGAGGCAUUAUCUACAGCUGAGUACAUGUGUUCAAACAUCCAGAACCUUGCUAGUAGUCAAAUACUCAGCAGUUCUAUUAAAUCAAUCAAGAGAUUCUGGGGAAGAUCAAGCCUAGUUCAUAGAUUCAAUCUGAAGAAAUUGGUUGAUCCAAAUGUGAAUUCUGUCAUUCAUUAUUUGGCUCAAGAUCAGAAGAAGCCUCUUCUCUGUUCCCUUUAUUUUGCUGCUGCGCCUUCAUUUUCACUCGGUCUUCAUCUCAAGUUGUUGAAUGAGAAAGACACAGCUUCUCUUUGUUCUGGAGACUUCAAUAUAGUUUCUUCACAAAAUUAUGCAGACAAUAAUGAUAAAUUGACAGCUGAUGGUCACACUUCUCUUGAGGAUCCUUUUAAGCAUGCUCUGGAAAAGCUUGAUAACUUAAUAUCCUCUUUGAGCGAGGCUGAAGCAACUCAUGGAAGACCAAGCUUAGAUGCUUUGUCUGCUGGGAGUAAUAGCGAUUUGAAUAGAGUUACUAAGAAUUUCUUUACUAGCGAGGAUAAUGUGAUUCAGAAUUCUGUAGAUAGUAGUGCUGUGGGGAAAAGCAUUAGUGGUGAGGGAGUUGUUCAAUAUGGAAGAUUCCAAUGUGAGGAUGGAACAUCUCAAUUUGCUGAGGAUACUUGUUCUGAAUGUCCUGAACAGUCUUCUUUUACAGACAAGUCUCUUGCUGGAGGAUGCAGUUCUUUUGUCAAAACUGCCAAUGUGGAGGUUCAAUUGUUUGAAGUUGAAAAACAUUCUCUUCAUAAGGGAUUGCUGUCUGCUGACUCUACAUCCAACUUGGUUCUUGAUCUGAAUGAACACACAAUCCACAGUCCAACUGCUCCACGAAGCAUGUGGCAUCGCAAUCGGCACACUUCACUUUCACGGACAUUUAUUCACCACCCAAGAUUGGGUUCAAAAGAUGAUGUAGAAAAUGCUUUCACUAGUGGCUACAAAAGGCCCCGGACCCAGGUUUCAUAUUCACAAUUAUCUGGAAGUUAUGGACACGCUGCAAAAUCCCAAAGCAAUCACCAGAAGGUACAAUCUCAUAAAAAAGUUAAGACUGUUAUUGCAAAUGUUUCAUCCAAUUGUUCCAGAAGUCAUCAAAGUUACCUGGACUCGUUAGCCUGUGAUGCUAAUGUCCUUGUCACUCAUGGAGACAAAUGUUGGAGAGAAUUUGGAGCCAAGGUUCAACUUGACUGUGAUGAUCAGAAGAAUUGGAGGAUAAUCAUAAAGGUUUCAGGGGCUAUUAAAUAUGCCUACAAGGCACACCAUGUUCUGCAGCCUGGAACCACAAAUCGUUACACUCAUGCUAUGAUGUGGAAAGGGGGAAAAGAAUGGAUGUUAGAGUUCACUGACAGAAACCAGUGGUAUAUUUUCAAACAAAUGCAUGAAGAAUGCUACAACCAGAACGUUAGGGCUGCUUCUGUUAAGAACAUUCCCAUUCCGGGAGUUCGCCUACUUCCAAAUGGUGAUGAUGGUUGUGUUGAAGUGCCUUUCAUUCUCAGUUCAUCGAAGUACUUUCGGCAGGUGGGAACUGAGGUUGACUUGGCCCUGGAUUCUUCUCAUGUGUUGUAUGACAUGGACAGUGAGGACGAGGAAUGGAUAUCCACAGUGAGAGCUAAUAUGGAUGCCAAGGAUAAUAAAAUGACUGAGGUUACAGAUGAUAUGUUUGAGAGGGUCAUGGACAUGCUUGAAAAAUUUGCAUACACUCAACAAUGUGAAGAGAUCACCAAUGAUGACAUAGAAAAAUACAUGGCUGAUGAUGGACCAGCAGACACAAUUGAAGUUAUUUACGAGCAUUGGAGGCAAAAGAGAAGGAAAAAAGGUUUACCUCUGAUUCGGCAAUUUCAGCCUCCUCUGUGGGAACUUCACCAGCAGCAACUAAACCAAUGGGAAUCAAACAUGAACAAAACGCCACUGCAGCCCGUAGGCUGCCAUGAGAAAGCACAUUCAUUGAAGAAACCGCCUAUGUUUGCCUUCUGUUUGAGACCGCGAGGCUUGGAAAUACCAAACAAAGGUUCAAAGCAGAGGUCUCACAAGAAGCUCAUAUUCACUGGCCACCAUAAUGUUUUAAUGAGAGAACAAGAUUGUUUCCAUACACCGGGGAGAAAAACGGAUGGAAUUUCAGUUGGGGAGGUUGCUAUCUCGAGCUAUGAAUCUUCCGAUUCUUAUCAUGGGCCUCAGUCUCGAUCUACCUUUUCACCAAGGGAUACUGCAAGCACAGAAUCCUUUUUCACUAAUGAUGGAUCAGAGAGAUGUCCAGACCCAAAAUUUUACAGAAGUACUUCAAAGAAGUUUGAUCCGUUCCUGUCUCCCAGGGAUCCUCAAGGGUCACCAUUCUCAGGUAAUCAAAGAUCAAAUAGGAAUGGACUUAAUAGAUGGAGUUCUGAACUUUGUGAAUGGUCCAACACAAGGCAAUCUCAAUCUACUGGUUUUCAUAGACAUCAUGCCGACAUGGAUGAGUUCAGGUUGCGCGAUGCAACAAGUGCAGCUCAGCAUGCAUUAAACAUGGCCAAGCUUAAGAGAGAGAAAGCACAGUGGUUGCUACACAAAGCAGAUCUUGCCCUUCAUAGAGCUACGGUUGCACUUAUGACUGCAGAGGCAAUAAAAGCGUCUGAGAAAGAUAUUAUCGGUGAUGGAUAAUAUAUCGAUAUCGUGGAUUUACUGGUCAGCAGUUUUUCAUAAGUUUUAUAUCAUUUUGCUGGACAACAGCUCUUUUGGAAAGUGACUUUGGCAUCAUUUUCUUGCAAGAGAUCAUUAUAGUCGAAUGAAUACCCAUGAAUUCAAAGUGAUAUUGACACAUGGACGCUGCGUGCAGACAGAAUUGCUCUUUGAAAAUUUUGCUCAGCUGCUUCAGUUUAACGAUAUCAGCUUCCUGCUGUAGCUUGCGUCGAUGGGGAUUCGUAUCCCCGGAGGUAGUGUGUAGUUUUUGGUGCUAAUUUUGUACAGAAAUUUUCCGUCUUCUACCUGUAUUCCUGAAAUCUCUAAUGAUAGCGCCUUUCGUACUAAAUUUUACGCUCACUGAAAUUUUCUUUCUUA